AUGCCGACGGACAGUGGCAGACAGGCUGUCUCGCUCGCCGCGACCGGUGGUGUUGUCACUCACGGCGCAGCCGCGCCGCUUGUUGACGCACCAAAGGCCGCGCGCUCGGCGGAUGCACCGGACGGUGUGGUGCUUGUGCGGUCGCAGACGUACACGCGUCGCGGCUCCUCUGCCCUGCCGGCGAAUGCGUCGAGUGGCGCCAUUCACUCCGUCUCCGCUCUGGCAGGGAGUGUUAUUAAUAAAAAAGUUUCUCUUACAGACAAUGAGUGGCACGUAGUCACCCCACGGAGGGACAGACGCCGUGCUGCAGGACGCAGACCACCGCCUCUGGACCGACGGCGCAUUAUACCGCCCAGUCCGCGUAGCAGCGGUCCGGCGCGAGUCGACGCGCCUGAGCGACCGGCGCGAGCUACACCUCGUGUUUCUCGCGCCGGCGGCAAGGCGCGGGCGACCGCUGGGCCAUCUGUUGGCGGCGCGGCGAACACCAGCCGCGGUGCGCCCGACCCGAGCGCCAGGCCGGCGCAAGCUACACCGGCCCCCGCUGCUACCGCUGCGCCACCUGUCAACGGCGCGGCGACUGAAAGCAGCACUGCGCGACCCACGCCAGAUGGCAGCACGGCACCACCACCGACGCAGACGACGGAGCGGCGCGACGUGAACGGAGGGACUGCAGCUGCAUCUCCGAGACCUGGCAGCAAGAAGAGGAGAUGCAGACACCGUAACAACCGUCCCAGUCCCAACCUUCCGCCGCAAAACUCCUGUCCUCCACCGAACUCGACCAACCCUCCUGUACCCUCCGUACAGGGCGCAACCGAGGCAGCUCCGCCCUCCCCUCCCCCAGCCGACGCUCGGCUAACGGAGUGGCAGCGGCGCUGGCUGGCGGCCCUGGAGAGCGUCCACGACCAGCCGUGGGACGCAUUCGUCUCGGUCGUCGAGGACUUCAUCUCCGAGAUCGCCGAGACGAAGCCACAACGCCAGGCAGCCGGAGAUCGACAGGAUGGGCCACCAGCAGCAGCGCACCGCGGCCAGGGCCGCGCCGACGCUGCUGCCAAUCCCCCUCCCCCUGCCCCUACACGCGGCCGCGAUGCACCAGCUGCUGUCCCGGACUUUGCCGCCACCACGCUCCCUGAUGUCAGCGAGGAGGUCCUGUCGCUGAUCACCGCCGCGGAGGUGCAACAGCGGCUCCAGAAGGCGAGCAAUACUGCUCCUGGGGCAGACGGAGUCACCUACUCGGACUUGCGACGUGAGGAUCCUGGCUGCCAUGUGCUAGCUAAGAUCUUCUCGCGCUGCUGGAAUGAGCGGAAGACUCCGGUGCAGUGGAAAGUAUCCACUACCGUCCUCAUCCACAAGAAAGGGGACGUCUCGGACGUGACGAACUGGCGGCCUUUAGCAUUGAGCUCCACCAUCUCUAAGCUCUUUGCUGCAAUCGUUGCGGACCGCACAACCCUCUGGGCAGAGCGUUUCAACCUGCUCUCCCCAGAACAGAACUUUUGA